CAUAAAGCGGUUAGAAAGGAAAAAAGAAAGAAAAAUCUACCACACUCUCUGCAACUUGGAUUUUCCAGUUAUAAAGGUCCCCACAAACGAUUACUUCAAAUUCCUUCUGGUGGAUUCCACAACUUUGAUGAGUUGGUAUUCAUUAGCCACCCCAACAUUUAUGAAAUUCCAAUCAUCCCAAACCCAAUAAGCCCAAAGUAAUGGUUUGGGUCCAACUCCGCCCAAGAUAAUUACUAAACUCAAGUGAAAGCCCAUUUGUAGAUAAAGCAAAUAGCCCAAACCCAAUAGAAGAAUGCCGUGCAAUCCCACGGUCACGUUUUCCUCCCCCAAAUCGCUUCAGCUACCACCCCCGAAUUCUAUCAUCAAUCUCUCUCCUGAUCUCUUCAACCAGUCAAGGACUAAGUCCAAGAGCUGCUCAGAUUUUUUCUUCAAUGGAGGCCUCGAAUUUUUCCGCUCUGUAUAUGAAGCCUCGGCUGAAUCGAUCUAGUUUCUUCAAACAUGCGAGUGAUGUAAUGCUGGAUUCAAGAGAAUGCACACUUGUACCUCGCUCCUGCAUUGGUAGUGGUGGGAUGUCUCGGCAUCAUCUCCCUAUGUGUCCGCAGAAGGGAAGCAAUUUAGCUUUCAGUGCAAAUAUGCGAGCAGGAGCCAACUUUCUACCUGCUUCAAAUGGUCUAACUUCACGAGCAGUGCCUUUCAGGCAAGCAUCCAGACCACACUCGCUGAAAUCAUGCCAAGUUACAAGAGAAGAGUCUGGUGGAACUUUGAGUGGUGAAAGUAUCUUGCUGACUGAAAAGACCUUAGAGCGAGAAUUGCAGGUUGCUAUAAAAGAAGAGAACUAUGCCCAAGCAGCAAAAAUCAGGGAUAGCCUUCGACUUCUCCAGGAGGACAGCAAGGCUUCAGUAUUAGCAGCAAAUGCUAGAUUUUAUAAUUCAUUCAGAAAUGGUGAUUUAGCUGCUAUGCAGGCUCUCUGGUCGAAGGGUGAGCAUGUGUGUGUUGUACACCCUGGAGUGAGCGGCAUAUCGGGUUAUGACCUUGUCAUGGGAAGUUGGGAAUUUGUAUGGGCAGACUAUGAGUUUCCCCUAGAAAUCGAAAUUAAGGAUGUCCAGGUUCACGUGAGGGGAGAUGUGGGUUAUGUCACCUGCAUUGAAAUGGUUAGGACAAAGGGUAGUAGCUGGGGAAGACAUUUUGCCACGAAUGUGUUUGAGAGGGUUGAUGGUCAAUGGUUUAUCUGCAUUCACCAUGCAUCGUAUGUUGAUCUGUGAAUUAGAAUGUACAAUGUGAAACUUCUCCUACUCUGCUUUACAAAAAUGUAAUGCUAUCUGUAGGACAUUAGUCUUUUUGCUGGCCAUUGAGGUUUACUGUCAUGUAAUAUUUUUGAUACAAUGAAGCUGCUGAAUUUGGUGAUCCC